AUGGCUUUCAACUUCAUGCUUCCUCUGCGCAUCACGCAAUUUAUUCUUGGAUUACUGGUUCUUGGUCUGGAAGCAUACGUGGCCUCAUGGUGGAACAGAUUUACCCUAUACCGUUCCCCUGACCGCGUCAACUUCCUGAUCUUCGCCGGAAUCUGGACUGCCCUUAUCGUUGUCCCUUUCCUCACGCUCACGCCACGAUUCUUUCCCCGAGCUGCGCAUCCUUUUGCGAUCCUGGCCAUCGAAGCCGUCACGAUGGUCUUCUGGUUCGCUGGUUUUAUCGCGCAUGCUGUCUUCGUUGCCAACCUGCUAUUCUGCAGAGGCAAUGUGUGCAGGUGCGCGCAGGCCGCCACUGUUUUUGCUGCUUUCGAGUGGGUUCUUUUCACAGCCACGACUAUCAUGGCCAUCAUGCAUGUCAUGCGAACGCGGAACGGCGGGAGAAGCAAGAGAAACCCUCAAAUGGAGGUACAAACUUGA